CCCUGUUGGAUUAGGCCAAACAGUCUGCUGCGCAAAACCCGCGAGACUUCAAUCAAAUCCUUUCGCGGGAAUAUCAUGUGUGGUUGAUUAAUAUCUCUGUUUACAGUAUAUGAAAUUCUAGGCGAUGGCAUCCCGUGACGUGUUUGCAGAAAUUGACAAGCUCCGUGCUCAACUGCUCCAAAAUGUCGAAGUCACGGUGGACUGCCAGCGUGCUGAAGAAGUCAGUCACCUGGAAGUUUUGAAGCGCAUUGAAAACAUAAUCCAAGGAAUAGUGGCCAGUUUGUCAAAAGACGAGGCCCCUGUCCUGGUAGUACCCAACAGAUCCAGCUGGGCCAACGUCAGUUUUGACAGUGCCGUCGGGCUUCAGAUGAGUUCGGGAAGUUCUGUCAUCACCAUUAGAUGCGACAGCGCUUUGUCAACCACUAAAUUUGCACGAAUUCUGAAGAUUCUCAUGGUCAUCUACAGACUUGUGCUGAGCAACUCAUUUGCGACAAAAAGAGACAUCUAUUACAACAAUAAACAACUCUUUGGUUCACAAAAAACUGUUGACGGUAUAGUGGAUGACAUCUCCUGUAUGCUAAGGGUUCCUCGCAGAUCAUUACAUGUGUUGGCCACGUCUAAGGGAUUAAUCUCAGGUGAUCUGUGUUAUUUGGAGGAGGACGGCACAAGGAUUGACUGCCGUUCCAGCUCUACUGCUGUUGCACUUUCAUCAAACAUUGCUGGGAUUAGAAAUAUUGUGUCAUCUGCAAAAUUUGUCAUGAUAGUUGAAAAGGAUGCAACAUUUCAGAGACUACUGCAUGAUGAUUUCUGCACAAAGCUCUCUCCUUGCAUCAUAAUCACAGGUAAAGGCUUUCCAGAUGUGAACAGCAGGUUGAUGGUGAGAAAGCUUUGGGACACGCUGCACAUCCCCAUCCUCACUCUGGUGGAUGCUGACCCUCAUGGGAUUGAGAUCAUGUGCAUCUACAAGUACGGAUCAGUGGCCAUGUCGUUUGAGGCCCGCAGUCUGACCGUCCCCAGCGUUAUGUGGCUAGGCCUCCUCCCCUCUGACCUCCAGAGAUUACGGGUUCCAGAGGAUUCCCUGAUCAGACUCACCAAGAGAGAUGAAAGCAAACUCAACAGCCUCCUCAAAAGGCCGUACUUAACCAGGCACCCAGACUGGCAGAAAGAGAUGGAAUUGAUGCAGCAGAGUAAAGUCAAGGCCGAAAUACAGUCCCUGGCAGCCAUUGGUCCCGAUUACCUCACUAACAUCUACCUGCCCAACAAGCUGCGUUACGGGGGCUGGAUAUGAGCACAAUGCUUCCACCUAGUGGAAGAGCAACUGAACUGCCAAAACUUCAGAGUGGUCACACAUGCAACUGUCUUGCCUGACCUUGUCAGAUUUAAAUUUGAAUUUAACUGGUUCGCAGUGUUUGCAUAAUUAUUCUUUAUUGAAUAUGUUCUUUUUUAUUGAAUAUGUUUUUGUUUUCUAAAUUGUUUUUCAGAAAUGUUCUGUCAUUUAAACCCUGUAAUCGCAUGGACAAGACAGCAUGUUCUUGGUCCUUAUGUUCUUGUUGAUUUUGUAUUCAAAUGUUUGGACCUGCUGUUGCAAAGUCAGUAAACACAAUAUUUCAGUCACUUUCA